AUGCACAUCCUCAUCCUUGUGAAACCUCUUGCCCAAACAGAAACCGCCAGGUCCUUCUGCGCGGUCCCCAGGGCGCAAACCACCAGCCCAAGGGAAGCGAUGUCUCAGGGGCGGAGGGGGGGCACGGACAGGUCUCUGGCGCCCCAGCACCCCCGCCCGCUGCCCGCCGCCUGCCCGAAAGUCCGCUGGGGCGCCAGCCCCUGGCUCCACGACACCCUGCCCGGGCCCGGGGGUCAGAGGCGCCAGAAGCUGGGGGAGCCUGCGGCGCAGCCAGACCCCCAGCUACUGCACCGCGCGCUCCCACCGAGGCCCGCACUUUCGAACCCCUUUAGCGGGACCCCCCGGCGUAGGACGCGCCGCCCCGGGCCAGCAGGGGACGUGCCCGGCUUCCCCGCCCGACGAGCUGCGGGCGGCGGGGUGGGGUGGAGCAGAGGGACCUUUAGGAAAAUCGAGGAAAUGGGGCGACUAAGCCCCCAGCACCGGUCACCUCGCGCCCACCUCCGCCCCGAGCCCCGCGGGAAGCGAGCCCCAGCGAGCCCGGGCCGCGCAGCCUCUCCAGGGGCCGCGCAGGUGGGCGCAGCCGGAAGGUCAGCGCGGCCGGAGUUCGGGGCGCAGGGCCGCGAGGGGGAGGGCGACCGCGCGCCGGGCGGGCCCAGGGGCGCGCGGCGAGAGGGCAAGCGCCGAGGCGGGGGACCCCAGCCGCCAAGGAGAGGCGGCGCCCCCACCCGUAGGCGCCAGGUCUGGAGCGGCCACCGCGGCGGCGAGACCGAGAACUUGAGGCCAAGCAGCCGGCGCCCCCGCCAGGACGCGGCCCCGCUCCGGCGCCCGCGACGCCCCGCCGCCCGCCCGCCGCCCGCACCCCAACGAGCCCGGCCCGCGCGGUGGUUACCUCUGCGGGGGCGCCGGGGCGCGGCGGCGGCGGACACUUUAGCCCGACUUUCCUGCGUCCGCCGCGGGGCUGGCGCGCGCCGGGCGGGAGCGGAACCCGCUAUUUAUAGACCCGAGCCCGGCUCCGCGCCGGGAACCCCGAGCCCGCGAGCGCGCGGCGCAGGGCGAGGGCGCGGGCCGCGGCUCCGGGGCUCCCCCGGCCAGAGGCGCGCGCUCCGCUCCGGCUCCGGCUCCGGCUCCGCGGCGCGGCGGCCGCGCUGCCCUCGCGGUGCACUCCGGGGUCAGGACUCCGCCGGGGGCGCGGGCGCGGCGCAGGCCCCCCAGGACACCGGCCACCAGGCCGCCUUCGGAAAGGCUGGACCCAACGGGGCGAUUUUACUGCAGCUUCGCGCCAUUCCGAGCGCUCUGCCGCGGCUCACGCGCACGAGCCCCGCAGCCCUCCCCGGGGAGGCCUGUGACUCCAUUUUCAAGGAGAGGCGACUGCGGCACAGAGGCCCGAGUCUCCGCGACCCUGCGACGGGCGGCGGGACUGGGAAACUGGGCAAACUUGCACUCACGACCAUUUCACUCCCCCGCGCCCUGCCGCCCACCCGCCCCUGCGCGGUCGCCCCCCGGGAAACCGGACAGCCACACCCCACUUACCCUCGUGGUCAGGGUGGGUCUUCACCGCAGAGCGCACGUGCUCGGGACGCGCCUCCCGCCACCGGCGAGGUCACCGCUGCCCCGAGAGCGGAGCCGGCCGCACGCGUGGAGAGGAAACUGCUCAGGCGCGCAGGUGGCCACGGCCCUGGCGCUGGGACUCAGGGACCCGCAGGUGCAGGUGCCCGCGGCCCUGGCGCUGGGACUCAGGACCCGCCGGUGCCGGUGCCCGCGGCCCUGGCGCUGGGACUCAGGGACCCGCAGGUGCAGGUGCCCGCGGCCCUGGCGCUGGGACUCAGGGACCCGCCGGUGCAGGUGGCCACGGCCCUGGCGCUGGGACUCAGGGACCCGCAGCUGCAGGUGCCCGCGGCCCUGGCGCUGGGACUCAGUGACCCGCAGGUGCAGGUGCCCACGGCCCUGGCACUGGAACUCAGGGACCCGCAGGUGCCGGUGCCCGCGGCCCUGGCGCUGGGACUCAGGGACCCGCCGGUGCAGGUGCCCACGGCCCUGGCGCUGGACCUCAGGGACCCGCAGGUGCCGGUGCCCACGGCCCUGGCGCUGGACCUCAGGGACCCGCAGGUGCCGGUGCCCACGGCCCUGGAGCUGGGACUCAGGGACCCGCAGGUGCCAGUGCCCACGGCCCUGGCGCUGGGACUCAGGGACCCACAGGUGCCGGUGCCCGCGGCCCUGGCGCUGGACUCAGGGACCCGCAGGUGCCGGUGCCCGCGGCCCUGGCGCUGGGACUCAGGGACCCGCAGGUGCCGGUGCCCGCGGCCCUGGCGCUGGGACUCAGGGACCCGCCGGGGCCGGUGCCCACGGCCCUGGGACCUGCCGGCUCCGCCCUGGCGCUGCCCCGCGGCGGGCACAGAUGGCGCUGGCCCCUCGGCUCUGUCUGCAAGGGCAUCGCGCGAGCGGGGGGACACCGGAGCUGACACAGACUCGCCCCCUGGUUCAGAGCGGCCAGAGCAGGGCCGCGGCCGCCCUCGCGCAGGCUUCGCGUUUGUCUUAUUUCUUGUCAUUUCUAGAGACUGGACCGUGGCUGGACUGUCCCAGCGCGGGCCCCUCCGCAGAUGGUGA